AUGUCUAUAGUAUUGAGGUUUGUGGAUAGUAAUGGAUUCAUUCAAGAACGCUUUUUUGGCCUUGUUCAUGUAUCUGAUACUGCGGCUUUAACUUUAAAGGAUGCUAUAUAUUCUGCUUUGGUUUACUACAAUUUGGAUAUUCAAAAUAUUAGAGGUCAAGGCUAUGAUGGUGCUAGUAAUAUGAGGGACGAGUUUAAUGGAUUGCAAGCUUUGAUUAUAAAAGAUUUUAAUAUUGUUGGUUCUUCAUGUAAGCGUAAUGAUGAAUUGAAGAAUGCUCAUGCAGAUGACAUUGCAUAUUUGAUUGGUAUUAAUGAACUCGAGACAGGGUGUGGACUUAAUCAGAUAGGUAUUUUACAACGAGCUAUUGAUACACGCUGGAGUUCUCAUUUGAGAUCAUUGAAAGGCCUAAUUAAGAUGUUUAGUGCAUCGUGUACGGUAUUGCUCAAGAUUAUGGAUGAUGGGCUUCCUUCUCAACGAGUAGAUGCAACAACUGUUUAUGAUGAAAUGACUUCCUUUGAUUUUGUAUUCAUCUUGCAUCUUAUGAAAGAGAUUAUGGGGAUCACAGAUAUUCUUUGUCAGACUUUACAAAGUAAGUCUCAGGAUAUUAUAAAUGCAAUGGAGCUUGUAUUAUCUACUAAGCAUUUACUUCAACAGAUGAGGGAUAACAAGUGGGAUGAUUUGCUUGUAAAAGUGAAAUCCUUUUGUGAACUUCGAAAUAUUGACAUUCCUGAUUUCAAUGCUCCGUAUAUUAAUAAACGAGGUCGAGGACGUGCUCAUCAAGACAAUUUCACCAUUGAACAUCAUUAUCGAAUAGACCUCUUUUAUGCUUCGAUAGAUUCACAGUUGCAAGAAGUUAAUGGUCGCUUUAGUGAUGAUGCUAUGGAAUUGCUCACUCUUAUUAAUGGUGAUAUAUUGUCCUUUGAUGAUCUAUUAGUGGAUAUUAGACUUGAUGGUCUAUUAUUGAGUCUUUGA